GGAGAUGUACCUGUUCCGUUUGCCUGUUAUCGACCGCGUUAGUUUUUGAAAUGUUCGUAAUCGAUUAAGAAAUUAACGUGUAGAAAACAAACAAACAAACAAAAUGGCAGGCUGUGGGAACUGUUCGCAGCAUUCCGGUGUUGAUUUCGAUCUUGUGACGCCAGUGACGCUAAGCAGAACGGAGACGAUCCUCUACUUGAUUUGCGUGUCGCAAGGAUUACCCAUCAACUUGUUAAUUGGUUUCGUUAUCGCGCGUAAUCGUCGCUUGCACAAUCCUAGGAACACGUUUUGGUUUGGAAUUAUCGUUCUUAAUAUACUCAAUAUAUUCAUGACCGUCUUGAAAAUGCUGGUCGUUUACGUCGCUCAACCGGGUGAUUUCACCUGUCUCUUGUUUUCUUCCAUGACGGGCAAACCGUACACGAUUUUACUGUUCGUCAUGCUGCUGGCCACUCUCGAUCGCUACGUUGCUAUUACGCAUCCGCUGUACCAUCGCAAACACGUCACUGUCCGUCUAGUCAUUCUCGUCCAGCUGGGCGUCUCAGUUGCCGUCUUCUUCUUGCUAUCGAUGCCGUUCAUCUUCGGCUGGAUCCCUUUACGAUGCGGAUUCAGUCUGACCCUGGGCAAAUGGACGAUGCUCUUGAGGUCCAUCCUGGUUUCCCUUUGCAUCGCAGCUCAAGUCAAAGUCUACCUGGUCACGCGUAAAUACCUGAGACAGGCGGAAGUGCAGCCGACGUCUAUUCCAAUGCAGCAGACGGCUUUCGUGUUGAAACACGGGGAGGACUUGCAACAUCCACCUUCGACGACAGCGGCAGACUCCAACAGUUCAUUGUCCAUAGUGAAUGUGAACAAGAACGCUCCGUUUUUCGUUCAUCGACGUAACAAGACGGUCAGCAAAUUAGAACUGGAGGCCAGUUUGACGUUGGUUGUUGGCGUCUUGUCGCUGUGCGUCAUCACAACUCCGAUGUUUAUCUUGUACGUGGCCCUUUCCAUUUGCCAGCAAGUGGGCGGUGAAUGCGCAGGGAUGACUUGUUCGAUUCCUUACGUCAGACAAGCUGCACUGAUUCACGCAGUUUACGGCCCACUUAUCUACAUGAUCCGCAGCCGGGAGUUCGCAUCGGCCGUUCGCAAAAUGCUCCAGCCGCAGUCUGCGCGUUUUAAUGACGUCAAUUAUUUUUAAUUUGAACGAAAAUUCUGGAAAUUAAUUUCGGUAUAUAUUAUUUAAAAAAUUGCACAAUCUCUUUAGGUAAUAUUUCGAAACAUUUCAGCCCUUAUGAAUGCAGUUUUUUAUGUCAAAUUUCCCACUUGUCUAGUGUUAGCAUUUGAUAACGAUGCCUGCAAUCGAGCCAAU